AUGUCAACAACUACAACUACAUCAACAACUUCAACUUCAUCCUCUUCAUCAACUUCAGAGGGAGGAGCAAGUGGUGGUAGUGGAGGUCAACGACAACCAAAGCCUCAACAACAACAACAACAACAACGUCAGAAGGCACCAAAGGAACCUAAGAAGGCUCCAGCUACUGGUGCUGCUUCACAACAACCACCUGCAGCGGCAGGUGAACAACCACAGAAGAAGCCACAAAGAGAUCAGAGAAAGCCUCGUGAUCCAAAGGAUCAAAAAGAUCAAAAGGAUCAAAAGGAGCCAAGAGAACCAAGAGAGCCAAGAGGAGAGCCAAAGACAUCAACAACUCCAUCAAAGGAUGGCUCAGCGAAUAAGAGAGGAGGUGGACAUAAUCACAAUCAACAUCAACAUAAUAGCAAGGCAUCACAUGCUCAUGCCCAUGGUCACUCAGUUGUAGAUCCUCAAAAGAGUGCAGCAGUGUUAGACAACUCAUUACAGACUAUCUUGCGACUAGACCGAUUCCCCAUUCAGGAGAGACACUGCAUCCUCUGUUGUGAUCCAAUCGUCUUCUACUCCAUCGGAGAAUGUGACCAUACCGAGGUGUGCUCACUAUGUAUCCUACGUCAAAGAGAGCUAUACAAGGACAACAAGUGUUGUAUGUGCAAGACCGAGAUGAAACAAGUGAUCUUCACUCAAAAGACAGAUAUCAAGUAUGCUCAGCUCGCACAGGGCCAGCUGUCACUGAACCGUGGCCUCAACAUCCUAUUCGACAAUCCUGACUUUGAAGAGAGUGUUGCAUCUCUCUGGCAGUUCUCCUGUCGUCUCUGUGAAUCCCAACCAUUCGAGUCUCUCAAGAAGCUUGAGAUACAUAUGCGAGCCGAGCAUUCAAGAUGUUAUUGUGAGAUAUGUCUGAAUGAUAGAAAGGUGUUCCUGCCUGAGCAGGACUUGUAUGAUCCAAAGUACAUUCCUCUGCAUCUUGCCGAGUGGAAUGGAGGCGCUGGUGAGGUGAAGAAGGGCAAGAAGGGACAUCCCGUAUGCAAGUUCUGUGACAGGUACUUCUACGGCGACGACCACCUCUAUGAGCACAUGACCAAGACCCAUUUCACCUGCUUCCUCUGUGAGAAGGUGGGCGUGCUCUACCAAUACUUUAAGGACUUUGCCAAGCUGAGGCGUCACUUCAUCGACGAGCACUUCCCCUGUGACCAUCCCGAGUGUGUCGAGAAGCGAUUCAUUGUGUUCCCCGACGAGAUCACCUUGAAGCAGCACUCGAUCUCCACGCAUCUCGACACGACCAACAUGUCCAAGGUACAGAUCCGCCAGGCCACUCAGAUCAACCUCAACUUUACUCAGAACUCGCGAAUCUCACAACAACAGCCGCCUGCAUCUUCGUCGUCUUUGUAUUCUUCUACUUCCUCCUCCACCCCAUCCAGGUCGACAACAACGACAUCGACCACAUCAACAACAUCAACUACAUCCACCGCGCCCGUCAAUGAUAACAACUUUGCCGAAGAGUUCCCUGGACUAUCAUUGUCGACCGCCACCAACACCAGCUCAAGCUCGUCGUCAUAUCCCUCGGCUAGCUCAGUCGUGGCCAGCAGGUUUGGCAUCAGCAGCGCACCAAAGGCCUUCAAUCCAGGCUUUGUCAAGCAGGAGAGACAGCGGCAGUUGACCCAGGAGGAGAUCGACCAGAAGAAUAAGCAGCUGAUCGAGAAGAUUCAGACGAUGUUGAACGAUAAGCAGUUCGCCGUGUUCAAGACCAUCUCUGUGGAGUUUAGGAACGGACGCACCGAGGUCAACGAGUACUACACACAGUUUGUACAGCUGUUUGGCAAGACCAAUGCCAACACCAUCUUUGAUCAGUUGGUCGAGUUGCUCCCGGACGAGUCGAAGCGCGACUCUUUGGUGCAGCUGCACAACUUCAUGAAGCACGUCGAGGAGCAGUAUCCAUCGCUGGCAUCCAAGCCCUCAAAGAAGAAGGACGGAAAGAACAAGACGGAGCAGGCCAACAUCUGGUCGACGUCGUCCUCUCAGACCAUGCAGCAGGUCAAGAAGGGACCAGGUCUCAACGUGUCCACCAAGCCCCUACACACAUUUGUGGUGUCAUCCACAACAUCCACCGCACCAUCGCCCUCCAACUCGAUGGCGUCAAAGAUUAGCAAGAGCACUUCGACCAAGAACUCCACUUCUAGAGCUCCAAGAACCUCUGGCAGACUGCCAGGAGACGACGAGGACGACGAGAUUGAGUACCCAUCGCUAUUGGGUGUGGGCGUGGGCAACUACUACCCAUCGGGCACAACCUCCACCACCAACUUCUCCAAGAUCGCCAUGGAGGCCAACAAGCCACCACAACCAACCGCAGCGCCACUUCGCUCAAUGCAAAGACCCAAGGAAGAUGACUUCCCCUCUCUUCCCGGCUCAGACAAGCCACGUCCCAAGCCAGCACCAGCUGCGCCCAAGGCAGCAGCUCCAUCCGGACCACAGUUUGUUCAGAAGGGAAAGAAGAUUGUAUUGAAGUUCUAA